CCCGUGCCCGCCCCCGCUCCCGCCCCUCGCCGGCGGGCGCAGGCGUGCAGUGGAGCCGCGUUCUCGCGAGGCGCUCGGGGCCGGCGCGGGGGCGCGGGCCGGGCCGGGCCGGGCGAGGUGAGAAAUUUAAUCUUAAAAGGCCCGUUGUGCAGAGGCCAUGGGCUUGUCCGCAUCCUCCCCGGCUGCCACAGAGCAGUCACCAAAUGCAUCCAGGCAAUACCAGACGGCGUCUCCACCUUCAGAAUGCCCCAUGCAUCAAGAAAAAAUGAGCGGUUGUCCAAUGCACAUGAAGACUGCUGAUCAUAGAACUGAGAACACAGAUGAUGUUCCUGCACAUCAAGAAAGAGCUUAUGAGUUUGUAGCAUGUCCUGUGAAAUCUGGUGCAGCUCAAAUGAAAGAUGAUAUAGAUCCCAGCAAUAUGAUGCCUCCUCCCAAUCAGCAGCCAUCUCCAGGUCAACCAUUUCCAUUGUCAACUGUUAGAGAAGAAUCUUCCAUUCCUAGAGCACAUUCUGACAAGAAAUGGGUCUAUCCUUCAGAGCAAAUGUUCUGGAAUGCUAUGCUAAGAAAAGGGUGGAGGUGGAAAGAUGAUGACAUAACAAGUGAAGACAUGACCAACAUUAUUAAGAUUCAUAAUCAAAAUAAUGAGCAAGCUUGGAAGGAGAUUUUGAAGUGGGAAGCUCUGCAUGCUAUGGAAUGUCCAUGUGGGCCAUCACUGAUGCGGUUUGGAGGCAAAGCAAAGGAGUACUCGCCAAGAGCCAGAAUACGUUCAUGGAUGGGGUACGAGCUGCCCUUCGAUCGGCACGACUGGAUCGUUGACCGCUGUGGGAAGGAGGUGCGCUACGUUAUCGAUUACUACGACGGCGGAGCAGUGGACAAGAACUACCAGUUCACCAUCCUGGACGUGCGCCCUGCGCUGGACUCGCUCUCGGCCGUCUGGGACAGAGUGAAGGUGGCCUGGUGGCGCUGGACGUCCUAACUGCUCCUGGGGUGUGUACUCGCAAAGUAACCACUUUCCUCCUAGACAAUGGACGUGUGAAUAUCAGGACUUGAGAUAGAAGUUCACUGCAGCUGUCGUUGCUUUCAUCAUCACCACUCUUCUUUGGGGGUGGGAAGGGAGGACAGGGAAAUCUUUCCUCAAGUACACCAAUGCUUUGUGGUGUUUCAAUGGAAUAAUAAAGUUACAGUGGCAAAAACAUGUAUCUUAAUUUUCUUAAGAACUGGGAAGCCUUUCUUACUUCGUCUCAGAUUGUGCGUAAGCUCGCCUUCUUGCCAUUUCAUUACUUCAGUGCUGUUCUAAAUACAUUGCAGUGCUGUUUCUGUCUGGAGUUUGGAGUAUUACUUCAUUGUUGAAAACUGGAAAUUUCAUAAAUUAUUUCACAUAUUUAAAGUAUUUGGAUACCUCCAUGAUGAAUAAAGGGUAAAAUAUCUGGACUCUUUCAAAUUGCAUGUUUUAUUUACAUAAUAAAACCAUGUAUUUGUUUUCACAUGGACAUUUUACCUAUUCAAAUACAUACUUCCUCAGAAAACUUCAGUUAAUUAGUUAAAGGAGGUGUAGUGUGGUACGAGUAUUUUAAAGGUAUGUUAUGUAGAAAAGGAGAAUACACUCAUGCCUUAAUCUGCAAUUUUUCUUUGAACUGAAGAAUACCUGUUAGAAGCAGGAAAUGAGUUUCACUUUUAAAACAGCAUUUCUAAAAGGACAAAAUUGAUAUUUAAUGGCUAUUUAUUUGAAUAUUUAAAAGGUGGUUUUCUGAUAUAAGAAAAUACAUUAUUACAGUGUUUUCCUGUCCAUAAUGUGUGACAUGUAAUGAAUUCAGGACAGAGCUAAGUCUUAUUUAAAGAACCUCCUGCAGUGCAUCUGCAUUUGGCAUGCUGGCUGCAUUAAUGAUAUUUAUUACAGCAUGGUUUUUUUAUAUAAUAAGGGGUUGCACAAGGGGUUGUGACUACACUGCCACACACGUGAGUAUAGUGAGGUGUAUUGCAGGUGUGUACAUGACUGGGCUAAAAGGGUAUCAAAAGUGCCAAGGGAGGAGGUUGAGGAGUGUUUUCUAAGGGUAAUGCAUGGCGUGAAGAUUUGAUUAUUGUUUGUGCUUAGUAAGGGAAAUUAACUUUUUAAAGUCUUCCACUGUAAUGGCUUUAAGUUUGCACAACUCAGUAAGCUUCAGGUGCUGUGCAAAACACUUGGGAAUGGAAAGGAGUAAGAGAAGAGCACAUUGUACCUUCUCAAAUGGGGGAAGCUGCCUUCUUGAAACUCCCCAACCUUAACGGGAAAGUAGCUGUACAUUUCAUUUUCUGAAAGUGGCCUGUGUUUAACUGACUCUGGAACCUUUCCCUUUCCCUUUCCUUUUUUCUUUUGAUAGGAAGCCUCUCUUAAUGUUUCAGGAAAGUCACCUCCCAUUUAGGGAAAAAUUAGUCAGGGAAUCUUUCCUACUUUGGAAUUCUAAUGAUCACGACUAGUUCCCACUUCAGAGGCAACUGUUGUGCAUGGUAGGAAUAAAUAUUAUCCAGAAUCCUAAGAGGAAAACCAUGCUCUUACCCAUAUGCACUUUGCUCAUUCCUUUUUCACCUUUUCAGUGAUACAGAUAUAUAUAUGUAUAUAUAUAUAUAUAUAUAAAUGAUAAAUGGUAAAAAUUCCAUCUAAAUAGGCAAUAUAUAGAUGAGAUAAAUGAAAAUAGAGUUUGUAUGAAGCAAAUGAAGGAACUGACUAGUGAAGGAAUUGCUCUGUUCUAACAGUAAAGACAGGAGUACUGUAAAGAUUGAGGAGUACUCUUCUUAGGGUGGUGGGUUGUUUUCCUUUGGGAUUAUUUUGGUAGUUGUUAGUUUAUGUAUUUGGCAACUUGAUACACUGAGGAUUCGUAUUUCUCAAAACUAAAUGUGGAAAGGCUUACACCACUGCAGGGAGUACUUCAGAAGCUUCAAAAGCAGGAGUUUGCUUUGUUGAUUUCAGCAGUGUGAUGUUGAGAGUGUGGAAAUUGUAAUUGCUGCUAAAUCUGGGGAACCUGUCACAAGCCACUUCAUGUGUUUACUAUCUCCUGUUACGUUCCAUCUACCACUGAUUCAAAAUUGUUCUUUUCUCUGCUACUGUUAAUGAAAUGUAUUACUUUGUCAUCAAACUAAAAGGAGAAUCAAAUAAAUAUACUUUUCUUAA